GUUGCGCGGCGGCGGAGGCGGUGGCGGGGAUGGGCGGCCGGGCGCUGCUGCUGCCGCUUCUGCUGUCGGGGCUGUGCGCGGCGCAGUACGAGGAGUACAGCGUGCGCGGGUUCCCCACGGCCGCGCUGGAACCGCUGCAGGCAGCUUACGCGCGGGCGCUGGCGCAAUACGCGGACGCGCAGUGGGCAGAGAGCGCCCGGGAGCUUGAGGCCAGCCUGCGGCUGCACCGCCUGCUCCGCGACAGCGAGGCUCAUUGCCACCGCCGCUGCUCCGCGCCCGCGGAAGGAGGAGGGAACCGCGAGGGAGAAGAAGGCGACCCCGCGGAAGCGGAGCCGGCGGUCUGGGAGUGGCAGAGGGAGAUGCAGCUCUUCGGGCGGCUGCUGCGCAGAGCCGGCUGCCUGCGCGCCUGCAAGCGCGACCUGCCUGUCUUCCAGCUGCGCUACCCCCCGGCGCAGACCCUGCGCGACUUCCAGCGCCGCCUGCCCUACCAGUACCUGCACUACGCGCUCUUCAAGUCAAAUAAGCUGGAGAAAGCAGUGUCUGCUGCCCACACCUUCCUGCAGAAGAACCCCAAGCAUGAGAUGACCUUGAAGUACCUGAACUACUACAGGACAAUGCUGGACGUGGAUGAGUACUUGAUUGACCUGGAGGCUCCUCCCUACGAGCCGAUCUUCGUGCGCUCGGUGAAGCUGUACAACAACGGCGACUUCCGAAGCAGUGCAGCUGGCAUGGAGCAGGCACUGGCAGAGUACUUCCAGGCAUACGAGGACUGCCUGGCAGGCUGCGAGGGCGCCUACGAGCUGCAGGACUUCAAGGACUUCUACCCUGCCAUCGCAGACCACUUUGUGAGUGUGCUGCAGUGCAAGGUGGACUGCGAGGCCGAGCUCACCCCCAACGUGGGCGGCUACCUCGUGGAGAAGUUCGUGGCCACCAUGUACCACUACCUGCAGUUCGCCUACUACAAGCUGAACGACGUGCGGGACGCGGUGCGUGCCGUGGCCAGCUACAUGCUCUUCGACCCUGCCGACGCCGUCAUGCAGCAGAACCUCGUCUAUUACCGCUUCCACCGCCAGCGCUGGCGCCUGCAGGAGGAGGACUUCGAGCCCCGGCCGGAAGCUGUGAGCUACCACAGCCGGACGGCUGCCCAGAGGAAGAUGCUGGACUUUGCCAGGCAGUACCUGCAGGCUGAUGAUGAUGAGAUGGAGGUGGGCGAUGAGGGGCUGGAGGCACAGGACCUGCCCUCUGACAGCGAGUUCGAGGGUGAAGGUGACUACGAGGAGGACAUCUUCGCAGAAUGGUGGCAGGAGCCCAAGACCAAGGGAGACAAAGCUGACCAAGAGACCCUGCAGUGAGCCAGGCAAAGGGACAGCCAGCCCCAGCAGAGCUGGGCAGUGAUGUCUCUGGGAUGCCAUCCUGAGGACACCAGGCUUUGGGCUCCUGCCAGCUGCCGCACAGAAACUCGGACUCACAGCAAGGGCUGAUCCUGUCCAGUCCCAUGUGGCAGGGCUGCCUCUGCCUUCUGGACAUCUGCUGCCCCAAGUACAGCCCCAUUCCUGUUGGGGAUCACUGGCACCAGCUGCCCAGGAGCCCCUCCUUGGGCCACCUCUGUCCCCAGUGUCUCCAUGAGCUCUUGCCAGCAGGGGUGCCCCACAGCACUGGGGUUUACUCUGUCCCUCAGCUCCUGCCAGGAGCUGUUGAUGGUGUGGCAGGACCAACCAUAUCUCUAGGGCAUCAGGGAGGCUGCCCCUGCUCUGGGGGUAAUGCUCAGUGCUGCUGGAGCCUGGCAUGUGUGCCAGUCUUGCUCUUCCUUGAGGCUCCUACCCUGGUGCUCCUAGACCACCUGCCAGCCCCUGGUGCUCACAGGCCCUUCAGAGUCCAGGGCCUGGUGCUAUAGUGGGGCUCCUGGUGUACCAGUGUCCCUGUGCCACUGCAUGGCUGCAGCCGGGCAAGGUUGCAUUGCCCAUGCCCUGCAUGUGCCUUGAAUUUCCACCACCCCAGCCCUCUGUAGCCUUUAGGUCCAUUAAUUUAAUACUUCCCAACUUACCCAGUUGCUGUUUUUUAUUCUCUUUACUGGUGCUGGACUUCUAAUAAAACCCAAACCAGUGUUUUGA